AUGGUUUUGUCAAAAUACCUGGACCUCCCCCAGCACGGAGCUGUCCUGGCCGAGUACAUCUGGAUCGAUGCCCAUUUCAACAUCCGAUCCAAGUGCAAGACUCUAGACAAGAAGCCCACUUCCAUCGAAGACCUCCCCGAGUGGAACUUUGACGGCUCCUCCACAGAUCAGGCUCCCGGCCACGACUCGGAUAUCUAUCUCCGACCCGCCGCCAUCUACCCCGAUCCUUUCCGACGAGGCGACAACAUUAUUGUUCUGGCCGAGUGCUGGAACAACGACGGAACCCCCAACAAGUUCAACCACCGACACGAGUGCGCCAAGCUCAUGAGCGCCCACGAGAAGGAGGUCAUCUGGUUCGGAAUCGAGCAGGAGUACACCAUGUUCGACGAGAGCGAUAACCCCGUCGGAUGGCCUAAGGGCGGUUUCCCCGCUCCCCAGGGCCCCUACUACUGUGGUGUCGGAACCGGCAAGGUCUUUGCUCGAGACGUUGUUGAGGCCCACUACCGAGCCUGUCUCUACUCCGGAAUCAACAUCUCCGGUAUCAACGCCGAGGUCAUGCCUUCCCAGUGGGAGUACCAGGUUGGUCCCUGCGAGGGUAUCUCCAUGGCCGAUGAGCUGUGGAUGUCCCGAUACCUGCUGCACCGAGUUGCCGAGGAGUUUGGCAUCAAGAUCUCCUUCCACCCCAAGCCCCUGCAGGGAGACUGGAACGGAGCCGGCUGUCACACCAACGUGUCCACCAAGUCGAUGCGAGAGCCCGGUGGAAUGAAGCACAUUGAGGCUGCCAUCGAGAAGCUUGCUGCCCGACACAAGGAGCACAUUGCCGUCUACGGCGAGGACAACGACAUGCGACUCACCGGCCGACACGAGACCGGCUCCAUCGGCUCUUUCUCUUCCGGAGUUGCCAACCGAGGCUGCUCCAUCCGAAUUCCUCGAUCUGUGGCCAAGGAGGGCUACGGCUACUUUGAGGACCGACGACCCGCCUCCAACAUUGACCCCUACCUUGUUACCGGUAUCAUGACCGAGACCAUCUGUGGCUCCAUUCCUGAUGCCGACAUGGUUGAGGAGACCAAGCGAGGUGAGGAGGAGGGCUUUUAA